AUGCAACUGAAACACCCAAGUCGGCCGAAGCACAGCAUGCAGCCGAGUCGCCCAUUUCAGAGUCCACAUCGUCCGGUGGGAAGAGCACAGCUCCGGGGUCGACGUCCCCCGUUGCUCGGACUUCAACCCCCGUCCCCACCGAGGAGAUAG